UUGACGUUUCAUUUUGGGGGCGGGUAUCGUAUCAUCUAAUAUUCUUUAGCAUUUUGCGAAACUGCCCUAAAAUGAAAUUAUUAAAAUACUUACGCUGAUUUUAUUCAAAAAUUAAACCAUUUUAAAUAUCAAUGUAUCUUCCUAACGAAACUAAAUAGGCUAUCGUCAAUAUGAUCGGGGGCCUAUUCGUGUACAAUCACAAAGGGGAGGUGCUCAUAUCGAGGGUGUAUAGGGAUGACAUAGGGCGGAAUGCCGUAGAUGCGUUCCGAGUUAACGUAAUCCAUGCUCGUCAGCAAGUUCGUUCGCCGGUAACGAACAUCGCUCGCACCUCGUUUUUUCAUAUCAAGAGAGCAAAUAUCUGGCUGGCGGCAGUAACUAAGCAAAAUGUUAAUGCCGCUAUGGUGUUUGAGUUCCUGCUAAAGAUCAUAGAUGUAAUGCAGUCUUACUUUGGCAAAAUAUCUGAAGAAAAUAUCAAAAAUAAUUUUGUUCUGAUCUAUGAACUUCUUGAUGAAAUUCUGGACUUUGGUUAUCCUCAGAACUCUGAUACCGGUGUUCUGAAAACUUUUAUCACUCAACAGGGUAUCAAGUCUGCAUCCAAAGAGGAACAAGCUCAAAUUACUUCACAGGUCACUGGGCAGAUAGGAUGGCGUCGUGAAGGCAUAAAAUAUAGACGCAACGAACUUUUCCUCGAUGUUUUGGAAUAUGUCAAUUUGCUAAUGUCACCUCAAGGGCAAGUUCUUUCUGCCCAUGUCGCUGGUAAGGUGGUGAUGAAGUCAUACCUGUCAGGUAUGCCAGAAUGCAAGUUUGGUAUCAAUGAUAAGAUUGUGAUGGAGGCCAAAGGAAAGGGUAAUGGUGGUAUAUCCGGCAACACGGACAGCGAUCCGGCCCGCUCGGGCAAGCCGGUGGUGGUCAUCGAUGACUGUCAGUUCCAUCAGUGCGUGAAGCUCAGCAAGUUUGAGACGGAGCACUCCAUCUCUUUCAUACCACCAGAUGGAGAGUUUGAGCUCAUGAGAUACCGUACCACCAAAGACAUCUCUCUGCCAUUCCGCGUUAUCCCCCUGGUCAGAGAGGUUGGCCGAACUAAAAUGGAAGUGAAAGUUGUUCUCAAGUCUAACUUCAAGCCUUCCCUUCUGGGACAAAAGAUUGAAGUCAAGAUUCCAACCCCACUGAACACAAGUGGAGUUCAGCUCAUCUGCUUGAAGGGAAAAGCUAAAUACAAAGCAUCAGAGAAUGCUAUUGUUUGGAAGAUCAAACGCAUGGCAGGCAUGAAGGAAACUCAGUUGUCAGCUGAGAUUGAACUGCUGGAAACCGAUACUAAGAAGAAGUGGACUCGUCCUCCCAUCUCCAUGGGCUUCGAGGUGCCCUUCGCUCCUUCGGGCUUUAAGGUGCGGUAUUUGAAGGUGUUCGAGCCGAAAUUGAACUAUUCGGAUCACGAUGUGAUCAAAUGGGUGCGCUACAUCGGUCGUUCCGGUUUGUACGAGACGCGCUGCUAGACCUGCGGGGCUUUUAAGGAUUCAUCAAGCGGUUUUGAAAAUUGUAGAUCAAAAAUGGCGUGUUACAUAAUAUAUUACUUUGUAUAUAAUAUACAAUUGCAUCAAAAGUUAAUAUUCCUCAAGUUGGUUUAAUUUUAUAUAAUCAGUAUCUUAUGCGGGGCCAUAGAUAUACAGCUUAUCAAUGUUUAUUUAUUUAUAUAUAAGAGAAUCUCAAAAUCGGUAAUGUUUCGAAAAUACGGUAGGCAUAAUGCAUAUUCUAUAGCCUAUACCAAUGGUAGAAAGAGAGAGAGAGAGAGAAAGAAAGAGGAAGAUGUAAUAGAACUGCAAACAGAUCUUGCUUGAUAUGUAUUUAUUCAGCCACAUUCACUUUACCGAUAUCCACUUUAAAGUAACUUACAAAGUUUCGCUAAAAUUAAUAACGACAUUUUAUACAAAUCCAAAAUGAGUACCAUAGCCUAUUUUAGAUAUCGACCAAUGAUGACAUUGCAAUUCAAAGUCAUCAAGGUCGAAGUUGCUUAUUUACCUACACUUCUGCCAUUGGAAUAGGUUGUUUUAAAAUAAUAUGGAGAAUGUAAAAAAUAUCAAUAUGUUUAUAUAUAUAUUAUAAUUUUAAUUAAAUGUGUCCAUUCGUUUGUUCAUUCAUUCAAUUUGUUUUAAAAAAAGAAUUGUUUUUCAACUUUUGUAUGUAUUGUAUCGAAAAGCUUUUUAAUAGAAGCUAUAGCUUAUAUUUUUAUUUAUAUAUUAUGUUCUAGGCAAAAACAAAGACGUUAUAUAUAUAUACAUAGGUUACCUAUGUUGUAAGCCCUAUAAAGUUUGUCUUUCAAUCAUAUUUAAAACGCAGAUUAAUAUAAUAUAUUAAGAUAUUCGUUAUUCAUUAAGAAGUUUAAUUUUAACAUUGAAUGAAAAAAUAUAUAUCAUUCGUUCUUUUAUGUCAAUCGGUAAAAUCCAUUCCUUUAGAAUUAUAGAUAUGGGCUUGUUUUUUAUUAAAAAAUAUUAAGUAAUUGUGUAUGAAUUUGAAAUUACAAAAUAUAAGCCCAGUAUUCUAUUAUAUAUUCAUCUCGUACAUAAUGUAGAUACGUAAUGUUGCAAAUAUAAUAAUACAUUUGAACCUAUCACUUUGAUGUUAUAUAGUUGUAAAUUAAAAAAAAAACUGUCGAGUGACUUGAGUUGAAUUUUUAUUUUUUAUUUUAAUCAUAUUUAUUUAGAGUUUAUAUCAAUUUUUAAUUAAAACAAACUAUUAAUUUCAGUUAGAUAAAGUUAUAAAUUUAAAAUCACUCGUUUUUAUGCAUGUUGAAACAACUGCCUUUAGAAUUUUUUUUAGUAUAAUUAUUAAAUAAAAAUAUAAUUUAAAUGUUGUAUUUUCGUCCUAUUUGCCUUCCUAAACUAUUCAUCCGAUAGUGAAGAAAUUCUGGUGAAGUGGUCUGCGUACAACAGUGAAGGCUCUGACCACCAAAAGAAACAAGAAUAGCUUAUUAUUGUGCUGCUAAGGUAAAUUAAUGUCUAACCCAGUGGAAUGUCAUUCGACCGUUUUUUUUUUCAUAGAAUUAGAAUCGAAGUAUUGGACGUGAUCUGUUCUGUAGUGUGUGUACGGAACUUUAUCUGCAAGCGUAUAGGAAAUGCUUCUAUGGUAUAUUGUUCAAAAAUAAUGUAUAAUAUAUGGUUAAAAUAUUA